UUGCAUGGCCGCUGGAAAGAGGGGAAAGCAAACAAUUUUCAGGCCCGCCGCGUCUAGCAAAAAAUAUGAGAAAAAAAAUGGUUAAAAAUUCGUAAAAUAGUUGAAAGUCAAGAAAAAUUCAGCAGAAAGGAUGUUAAAGCUCAUGGGCCUCAGGCCUCUGAGUCCUGGCGGUGUUGAGCACAUAAAACUGGAUAAAGAACAAGCGUCAUCGACACUAGGUGGGAACCGCGUCCCUGUCCAGCCAGCCACGCUGUCCUAGGGUGCAAUGGCCACGGGAACCCAGGGGCAUCUAGACCACAUUUCAGAUAAAUCCAGGCUCGCGGUGGCCACAGGGAGGCGAAAGAGAGCGGAAGGGGGCAAGCCCAGGAAGAACUUCCCCUGUCAGCUGUGUGAGAAGGCCUUCAACAGCGUGGAGAAGCUAAAGGUGCACUCAUACUCACACACGGGAGAGAGACCGUACCGGUGCUCCCACCAGGACUGCACCAAAGCCUUCGUCUCCAAAUACAAGCUGCUACGGCAUAUGGUGACACACUCGCCGGAGAAAACCCACAAAUGUACGUACUGUGAGAAAAUGUUCCAGCGCAAGGAUCACUUAAAGAACCACCUACACACUCACGACCCCAACAAGGAGGCCUUCACCUGCCAGGAAUGCAGCAAGAGCUACAACACCAAGCUGGGCUUCAAGCGCCACCUGGCCCUGCAUGCGGCCAACAGCGGAGAUCUCACCUGCCAGGUGUGCCUGCAGCCAUUCGCCAGCACAGGCCUGCUCCUGGAGCACCUCAAGUCCCACGCCGGCAAGGCCUCGGGCGGCACCAAAGACAAGAAGCACAGGUGCGAGCACUGCGAGCGCCGCUUCAUCACGCGCAAGGACGUGCGGCGCCACAUGGUGGUGCACACGGGCCGUAAGGACUUCCUGUGCCAGUAUUGCGCACAGCGAUUCGGCCGGAAGGACCACCUGACGCGUCAUGUGAAAAAAAGCCACGCCCGUGAGCUGCUGAGGGUCAAGACGGAGCCAGACGAUUCGCUGGCAUCCCCCUUCUCCAACGGGAUGGCUGGAGGUGUCAAGGGUGAGCUGGCCACCAUGUCAGUGCCGCGCAGGCAGCUCCAGCUCAACCUCUACGGCGGCCCUCUCCUUCCCCAGCACCACUGCCCCACCAUGCCCCCCCUGGACAUAGAGCCCAAUCCCCCACACCCCUUCUCCCUAAAGUACCAGCUGGGCUCCAACCUUACCUCAUACUCCAUCUCCACCCUGGAGAGGGAGCAGAAUCUAAAGGGAGAACUGGAGACGUAUCUGAUGGAACUGCAGAGCGGCAUGCCCUCCUGGGCUGAGGGGGCCCAGCUAUCCUCCGCCUCCAAACUGGAGUUGGACUCCCAGGUGGGCUUGUUGGAUGAGACCUCGCCCGGCGAUGUGUCUCUGUCCAAAAUCGUGGCAGUGGGCGAGUCGCUGGCCUCUUCCUCGUUGGUCGACUUCUCACAGCUCUUCAACUUCCUGCCAUUGAAUGGCCCCCCGUAUGGGCACCAGGCGGCAGCCGGCGGGGGUUUAGGCGGGUUACCCUACCUGCCAGAGGAGGCACUGUCUCUCGUCCAGCUACCGCCCCAGCCCCCAGAUUCCCACAAGGUAGCGGGAAGUGGGGGGGGUAUCAGCCCCCUCCUUGGUCACUCCUCCUAUUCCUCAAACCUGAGCACAACCACCACGCUGCCCCGCUUCCACCAGGCCUUCCAGUGAGAUGACAAAACACAAACGCACACGCAUACCCAUAAUCCACGCAUGCACACACUUACAGUACACACACACACAGGUUGAUAAAAAAAUAAGCUAAUUUGUAUUUUUAUAGCAGUAACAAUUUUUUUUAUGUGUCUGCACAAAACUACUCCAUAAUUGCACUUCUGUUCAACAAUUAUGGGAUUCUUUAAAUACAGAUAAACAAGUAGUUUGGCUCAACCACAUAGCUCAAGCCAUGGGAUAAUGGAUGACAUUUCAUUUGGUUAGUGUCAACAAUGCUAUAUCACCACCCUUACAAAUUCACCACUAUAAUGCUGAUGACUGACACAGUCCCUUUUAGUAUACACAACAACAAUCAAACAUAUCUAGGGUUUUGGAGUUUUCCAUAGAUUAAUUUAUGUAGGAAUGAGAUUACAGUGAUGUAUUUCUAUAUUGUAUUUCUAUUUCUAUCUUGCCUUGCAAUUCCUUUAACUUAGUUUGUCGGUUUAACCAUAUUUUCAUAUAGCACUUUGUGUGAUGUUGAAUGUCAGCAAUGCAAAACAUUUAAAAAUGUCUUUGUUAUCGUUUUUUGUUUUAGGAUUUCAAGCAAUUGGAAUCAUACGUUAUUAGACAUAAGGUACUGAAAAGCCCCUUUUGGAAGAUAGUGUGAGAACCAUCCCUGUUCCCCUAUCAAAACCAAAGUCAACCAAAUAUGGACUGAAUUGCCAGGCAGAAUAGUGUCAUGCUGUUGCUGAUGGUUGUAAACAUUGCUGCUGCCUAGUUGUUCCCCUAUAGACCCUUGAAAUAACUCAACCAGAAAUAGACUAAGUUGUUCAUCCUCAUUUAAAUUUAUUUCAUAUAAAAGGUGACAAGAUAAUAUAACUUUUUAAGGCAAGAUUAUUAACAUAGGCCCGGUACCAUUUCGGCCCCUAGCCUUUUGCUGCUACCUACCGCUUUGUUUUAUGGACUGGAUUGGAAAGCAAAAUUGUAAAAUGCUUUCACCUAUCCAGUCAUUUCAUAACUGUGGUUAUCAAAGGUCAGGAGCUAGUGGAAGGGACUAAGGACUGAAAUGGAACCAGACAAUAGAAACAACAAUAAAGCACUGCCACAUAACUGGGGGCAAUUUGUCUUUCCACAGUCAACAGGUGUUAAUACCGGAUAUGAGGUUAGAAAUAGUAUGGGGAACUAUAACCCAAUCAUGCAUCAAAUCAAGGAUAAUGUUAGCAAUAUUUCAACAGCAGGAAACAAGUGAAGUUGAGCCACCAGUUACAAAGAAAAAUAUAUCCAUUGUGCAGUUUGAAGUGCUAGAUGGGUGUCUGUCACAGGUGGCUAGAGGCACCUUAAUUGGUGAGGACGGGCUCAUAGUAAUGGCUGGAACUGAAUAAAUGGAAUGGUAUCCAUUUCAGUCACUCCAUUCAAGCAAUUAUUAUGACCCUUACUCCCCUCACUAGCCUCCUGUGGGAUCUGUAAACAUAUCUGGUCACCUUGAAUGUGUAUGCGCAGGUUUGUUUGUGCCUACUUCACGUGUUUGUGUUUCCAGUCAAGGGCAAUUAAGUGAUUGUCUAUGUGAGGGUCCUCUUCUCUGCAAUCUGGGAGACUAUAGAGGGGUCAGAACAGAAUUGUCUGUUACAACUCAUCAAGAUGGAUUAAUCAUGUGUGAAUGGGAGAUUUUUCCCUCACACAUGCAGACAUUCAGAGAAAUGAAUGCAAAGCACUUUUAAUGUCAUAUGUGACAGGUUGUUCAUUUACUCAGUGCCAAGUGAUGUCCCAACUUUAAAUUUCAAGUCAGGAUCCAGUAAUCCAAUAUUAUUUUCAAGGCCCAUAAUAAUACAAUUACAAUAUUUGGAUUUUUAUUUUGUGAAAAUGACAUAAGCUUGCAUCCAUAUGACAUAAGCUAUCUUUAGAGUUUUAACUACAAAAGUUGUUAGUUUGUCAGGUGAAGACAGAACAAACAUUUUAUUAACAGGUAGAGAAUGUAAAUACAAUAUUACAGCCAGCCAGGAAUGACAUUGCCCUUGUUAUACAGUACCAUUCACAAAUAAGGAUUCCUCAAAUAUAAGUAUAUUGACCAAUGGCAGACAGCAUAUCAAUCAUUCUCUGCUCAGCAUAGAAAAUGCUUCCCCACAAUUGCUGUUUCAAUAAGACUGAUACAUGACUACUUUAGCUUACCAGUCCCUGAAGUAGCCCCUUAGCACCAACUUAGAUAGCAGUUGUUUUGACAUUGUAGGUUUAGAUAAAGUACUGGAUUGCACACCUCUCUGCAUGAUAUGAAUUCGGCUUGAGUUCAUUCUCAGCUGCCAUGGUUGUAGAGUGUUUCUGAGGUUUGGUUUUUAGUCGCUCAGAAAGAUCUUGUCAAUUUUGUACAUUGUGUUGCAUAGUGCUGUAUGAUAUACAGUAGAAACUAGCAAUGAUGAACUAUGGAUGACAGUGAGAGGACAUGCCUAUAUUACUACCAGUAUGGGUUCAAGACACUCUUUGGUCAGAGACAGAGUUCGUGUUAGUAUACUUUCAUUCAUGUAUAAUGUAUAGUGUGUGUAAUGGAAACAUUUCUCACUUGAACUGCAAAAUUAAAAACUAGACAUUGUUGGUCUGUUCAAGAAGUGACAGUAACACUGUGCUGAGAGGCACUGACUUACAGGAGCAGCCUCUUUUUUCUUGUUUAAAAUAUCUUUAUUACAAAAAGUAUAGAUGUCAAAGUUACCUCUUUAGAGAAAAUUAACGUGUAAAUACAAUAUUAAAUGUUUUAUUUUUACAGGUACAGUUUUUACAGUGUUUUACUAUCAACAUUUAAUUUUUGCUUUACUUGCACAAAUGUUCUGUGUGUCUCAUUGAGGGGUCUAUCUGUCAGAUAUUAAAGACUCUAUUUUCGCAUCAUUGCAGUCAUUUUACAUAUGCCAAAUUCCUUAGCAUCUAUAUCUACGCUGACAAUUUGUUUGACUUUUAUACAAUGGGUGGAUGCUGAUUGGUUAAAAGCGCAUUCCAGCCAGUGUCUAUUCCACAAGUUACCACCAGCUAAAACUAUGAUGUUGAAAUGCCUAUUUACUCUGUUCCAUCUUACUUUGCAAUCCACUGUCUUAUUAGCCCACCGAGGAUAUAUUUAAACUUGAUCUCCACUAUAAAAAGCAUCUAGACAUUACGUCCCAUUUCUUUUAGACUAACAUUUGAUUUUCAACAGAUGAGAUUUCUAUAAACCUUGCUGUCUGUCUCCACGACAUUUGAAAUUUUCAAUAUUGAAAUUCGAUCUCCAGCUGUCCCAUAGUAAUGAACAUGUCAAGACCAGACAGACAGGCAGGCAGGCAGGCAGCGUUUGUCAGCCAGUCGAAAUCAUGACUCCGCUGGCAUCAUUUUUAUGGAUAUAUACAAAGAAAUGUCAAUAGAAACAGGUCAAAUGAAACGAAAUGCAGAUAGUUUGCUGUCUUUCCAGCUUAAGUUUGAAGUGAUUGUGUUAGCAGUGUUGUUUUCUAGCUCCACUGAACAACAGUGUCUUGACGAGAGAGGACAUUUUCUAUGCCAGGCAAAAUCGCGCAUCUUUGGCUCAUUGUUAUGGAUGUAUACAAAUAAAUGUCACUAGAAAACAGCUUAAACAAACGCAAAUGCAGCUACUUUGUUGUUAUUCUGGCUGCACUGUUUGACGUGACUGAAAGUUAGCUGUAGUUGGCUAGCUAGCAAGGAAGGGAUAAGAACAUUUUGAACCAACAUCUGGGUCGCGUCCAUAGAUACAUAACAAAAAGACUGAGUCUCGUCCCUGGCAACCGAACCGAUAGACCAAAUUACCAGCCGGCUUGGGAAGCAACCCUAGAUUUGUGUCGGGACAAUUUUUUUAAAUGUAACCUUUAUUUAACUAGGCAAGUAACAAAUUCUUAUUUACAAUGACGCCUACCCUGGCAAAACCCGGACAACGCUGGGCCAAUUGGGCGCCGCCCUGUGGGACUCCCAAUCACAGGUGGAUGUGAUACCGCCUGGAUUCAAACCAGGGACUGUAGUGAUGCCUCUUGCACUGAGAUGCAGUGCCUUAGACCACUGUGCCACUCGGGAGCAUAUGUCUUGUGGAAGGAUGAAAUAGUAUGAAUAAAUUCAUCAAAAUAACGUUUUUAAUGAAAAUAUGUCAAUCAUUAUUUGAAUAUGUUUGUUACUCAAUUUUGUCUCGGGCCUCACAACACCUGUGCCAAUAUAUCCUCCAAACACUGGCUUCUCUGACAUUAUCACUUUAUUAACCCUUGAUAAUGAAAAAGUAAUCCGAGAACUAUAUAUCAAAUUUGAGAAAAUGUAUUGGAGUAGCUUAUAAGGUUCAAGUGCUUGGGAUACUGAUAUUUUUAUAUCCUCAAUAUUUUACACUUUUUAUGGUUUCAGAAGGCACUUAUUGUGUCCACUGAUGGAUUAUUGAGUAUCUGAUACAAGGGUUUCUUCAGUGAGAGACACAGACCUUUAGCAAUUCAUGCCAACCUUCAUUAUAAGCUUCAGUGGUACCAUUGAACCAUGUUGAAUGUGUAUAUAAGAAACACUGCAAUAUUUUGGUAUUGGAUCAAGCUGCUAACAUUACUUCUAAAGCUCCUUAAGGUGCCACAGACCUCUUUUCUAGUUCUUUGCUUUGUUUUUACAAAAAAUAUCAAAUUGAGCUGAAUGGUUGACAUGUGUGUGCUUAGUUGUUUUCAUGUACAUAUGUUUUCUGUACUGUGACUUUUUGUGGUAUUGUAUGGACUUUCCUGUAAUGUCACAAGCUUCUCUCCUUCACUUUGUAUGGCGGUAUGAUGGGGUACCUUUUGUCAUGCUGUUUAUUGACAGAAAAGGGCUUGGGUGAGUGUUCACUUGUCACCUCAGUAUUAAAUCAGGCUGAGAUUACCUUGAUGGCGAUGAUGAAGAAGAAGAGAAUGACUCCACGAGAAGGGACACUUCUCUGAAAGGACUAGUAGUACUUAUACAGAGGGAUUUGUUUAGAGGCAAACUGCAUUCCAGCCAUGUUGGAUUUCUUUUUCAUUGCAAUGCCAUCCUGUGAGAAUGAUGGACUCGUGUUGCUAAUCAUUUAUAUAUUCCUUAAAAUACAUUUUACAAACUACUGUUGUAUUUGUAUAAAUAUUGGCAAAAUAAUGUUUGCAUAUAAGUUGUGUAAAAUAGAAAUUAACGCUGCAGCUUUUUAUGAAUUUUCAAACAUUGACAUCAUCCAAAGAGACAGAUUAUUUAUUGUCCGGCCGAAUAACCUGAUUUGUUUCCAUACUACCUUGCUGCUAUGAGAGUGAAGAUCUCCAGUCUUCAACUCCAGUGUUAUUACACAGUGUAAUGAAAGCUCAAUCAACAUAAAAGAAGAAUUAAUGCAAAAGUC